AUGGCACGCGGUAACCAGAAGGAGAGAGCUCGCGAAAAGAACUUGAAGGCCCAGGGCAACAUCAAAAACAAGACUACUAUGUCUGGUUCUGAGCAAGCCAAGGCCAAGGAGAACGCUGCCGAAAUUAUGCGUGCAAAGCAGGCCGCAGGUUCGUCUUCUUGCUUGCAUCUUUGUCGCCUUUGA